AUGCAAAAACAGCCCCGUAAAGUACCGCCGGUUAGCGGGUUUUUGUUUCUGCAGAAGACUCAUAACGAGGAGGCGUUAGGUGAUGUGGUGUACUGUGGACUCCCUGAAGUUGGCCAAAGAUUUGAAAAAAUGGAUGAGUUUGGUGCCUUAGAAAGCGUGACAGCUGCCAGUGAGCUGUACUCCCCGCUGACUGGAGAAGUGACUCAAAUCAACGCAGAGCUGGCAGAAAACCCAGGACUUGUGGACAAAUCCUGUUAUUCAGACGGCUAGCUGAUCAAGAUGACCAGUGAAAGGCCCGAAGAGCUCGACGAACUCAUGGAUCAAACUGCUCAUGAUAAACUUAUUAAAUCAUUGGGAUGGUUUGUGUAAUUGUGGUCAAAGAUUAGACAGAGUUCCUAACUAGAGGUCAACCGACAACCUUUUUUUUAUUGCCCAUGCUGAUGUGUAAAGGUCAUCGUGGUCAACCGAUGGCCGAUUUGUGCUGCCGGCGUUUUGGGCCAAUUUUCAUGGCCGGUAGACCAGACGUUUUCUACCUCAUUUUCGUGCUAAAAAUGUCACCAAUAACAUCAGUUGAUGCAAAAAAUUUCAGGAGCCGAAUGGGUCUUUUAACACUGAAUUUAACCAGCUGUUGAAUCUUAAUGUUGUACCCUGCUCAGUGUUAAAGUAAGACAUCUAACUAACGUUAAUCAAGCAAAUCAGUAAGCUGGCUGUAUUAAAUAUUCAAAACUGACAAAAAUAAAUUUUAUUUGGAAAUCUU